ACGUGCAAAAAGUGAGGAGGAGCUGAAAGAAGAAGCAAUGCAGGGAUUCUCACCUGCGUUCCCAAAUGGUCACUCAAGCAGGUAAGCAUGCAUCACACCAAGAGUGCUCCUUCUAUCUUGGUUGUAGGAUAUGCAGCAGUCGACAUCACCGGACAGAAGGACAACACAUCAGUGUCAAAUGUAAAUGAUGAAAUUGCAACUACUUGGCCAGGAAGAGUAUCGUUAUCGUUGGGAGGAGUGGGAAGGAAUAUGGCAGAAGCUAUUCACGGAAUACUGCAAGGACAAGAUGUGAUCGUUAAACUGGUUUCACCCGUUGGAACAGACAAUUUUGCAAAAGUGAUCGAACAAGGGAUGUCAUCAAUAGGGUUAUCAACUUCUGGUUUGAUGCCGGGUCCAUCACGAACAGCAAGUGUGAUGCUUCUUUUAGACAAAGGAGGUGAUCUUAUCACUGGGAUUGCUGAUAUUGAUGAAAGUCGUCCUUCGAAGGAUGAAGUGGAUGCCAUGAUCAGAUCACAUCAGCCCAGUAUAGUGGUCAUGGACGGAAAUAUCAGCAAAGAGGCAAUGGAAGCAGUACUCACGCAAAGAUCCAAUUCUCACAUACUUUUCGAGCCAACAUCCGUGGAGAGAAGCGUCAAGGUUAUCCAAGUCAUUGUCAAGCUCGUAAAGAACUCAAAAGUGGCUUUUCGCUUUCCCCAUGUCAUCACUCCGAAUGUAUACGAAGUAGUCGCCAUGCAUGCUGAAGCAGUCAAGCACAAUCUUUUCUCCGUAAAGGAUUUGCCAAAUUUAGAAGGCACAUUGGCAGAUUCAGGCGUCGCUACAAGCACAUGGGGUAACGAGAACAUUGUUUAUGCCGCUGCUCAACUUGCCUACCUACUUCAGACGACCUUGUUGGUUAAAGGUGGGAGAAGAGGUGUCUUGGUUGCCAGAUAUUCUCCGUCAAAUGAUUCAGUUCACCUUUCACAUCAUCCCGCAAAGAAUAUUGAUCCUUCCCAAAUCGUGAAUACGACUGGAGCAGGUGAUACAUUUGCAUCUGCAAUUGUUGCCGGGCUCUUUACCUUGAAACAAUCGGGCAAAGCAGAUCUCUCUAAUCUUUGCGAUGAGAAGAUAUGGUCAGCAAUUGUUGCUGAAGCACAGAACGCAGCUCUACUAACAUUGCAAAGUGGAGAGUCGAUUUCAAGCCGACUUCAAGAAAUUGGUCGUGAAUGGAAGAAAUGGAUCGAGUAGAGGCGAUUUUCGCUGUACCUUUGGCGAUCGGAUUUUAUUUCUGUCCCGAAUUUCCAACAAAACAUGAAUGUAAAACAUAUCACGAGCUGCGAAUGAACAUUAUUGCCUUUUACAGCAGUACAAUCAUCAGCAAAGCUGGUCUU